AUGUAUUUUGGUGAAAGCAAUUCUGGAAUCGCAGGUCUUUUUUCAAGUACAGGAAUGAAUGCUGAACCAAAAAAUGUAGCGCCCGAGCAAUUAAAAUGGCUGUACCGUGAUCCAAGUGUUAAUACGUUUGAAUCUUUAGGACGAAAGACACGUGAUGAUGAAAGAUCUUUUUCUGUGUCAAUAACCUGCACGAUUGUUUUGGAUAAUGAUCAACAGCGAUUUCAUAGAACGACUUCGGUGCAUAAUAUACCAUUUGAUAGAUAUCAAUUUGGUAAAGUUUUUGAGCGAAAUGACAUUUCUACUCCUAAUUCACCACCUCUAUUAGCUUCAAUGUUUUAUCACCUCAAAGUUAUCUGGAUCAUCAACGCAACAACAAAGUUAUAUAGGGAUAUCUGGCAUGUAUCUGCUCCUUUUACAAAUGCGCCCAAUCCUCCGUUUGUUGGCGCUUUAAAGAGAUCUGCAUGUUGGCAGGCAACGUCUGCUGAACAACCAACUAGCCUUAUGAUCCAAUUCUUAGCGUGUUACACGAUUGGAUAUUUCGAGAAUACCGCUGAAGUAGAUAAGGAAAAAGAUGAUUCCUCUCCAGAAGAAACCUUCAACAAAGUGGAUGAAAAGAUAGAAGAAUUGUAUCGUUUAAAACCCUCCUACGAGAAAUUCAGGCUGAAGAGAACAACGGAAGAUAAAAGCAAGGAAACGAAAAAUUGGCAUCCAUUACCAACAGAAUUUUAUUUUAAAAAAUUAUCAAUAUUACUAAUUUAG